CCGCCCUCGCCCGCUGAUGCAAUCGGAGCCCGGCGGCGGCAGGAGACCCAGCCGCGGCAGCAGCUCCAUCCCCGGCAGCAGGAGCCCCAUCCCCGGCAGCAGCAGCAGCAGCGGGUGGACCGCCCUGCUCCGAGCCCGCCCAGCGCCGCCGCUGCAUCCGCGCCCGGGGAUCUGAGAUCCGCCGGCUCCAUCCCGCCGAAAUCCCGGCAGGAACAUCCCCCCCGCCCGCCAGCAUGAUCAAGGGCUGUCAGAAUGAGUGCACGGGAGGAGGAUGUUCAGGAGAAACAGCAAAGCAUGUGACUGACUCUUUCAAGGCUUCCGACUUGAUUAUCACGCCAGCUACAACUUUCAAGGAAAAACCAGACCCCAGUGGUUUGGUAUUUGGAACUGUGUUCACUGAUAAUAUGCUGACAAUUGAAUGGUCCUUGGCUUCAGGAUGGGAGAAACCCUAUAUUAAGCCACUGGAGAAUCUUUCAUUGCAUCCAGCCUCCUCAUCCCUGCAUUAUGCUAUAGAACCAAGAGGACAGACAGAGGAGAAUCUGGUGUCAUUGCUGUGGCUCAAUGAAUACACACUGUUUGAAGGAAUGAAGGCUUACCGAGGAGUGGAUGGCAAAAUCCGCCUGUUCCGGCCAACUCUCAACAUGGACAGGAUGGCACGGUCAGCAAGGAGGACAACUCUGCCAUCUUUUGACCAGAAUGAGCUGCUAGAGUGCAUCCUGAAGCUCGUGGAAGUGGAAAAGGAGUGGGUCCCAUACUCAACCGCUGCCAGCCUGUACAUCCGUCCUACCUUAAUUGGAACUGAGCCUUCCCUUGGAGUGAAGAAGCCGACUAAAGCCCUCCUGUAUGUCAUACUGAGCCCUGUAGGCCCUUACUUUGCAAGUGGAAGCUUCAAUCCAAUAUCCUUAUGGGCGGAUCCAAAAUACGUAAGAGCCUGGAAAGGAGGAACAGGGGACUGCAAAGUGGGAGGGAAUUAUGGUUCUGCUAUUUAUGCCCAGCAAGAAGCCCUGGAGUUUGGCUGCCAGCAGGUUUUGUGGCUCUAUGGAGAAGAUCACCAAAUAACUGAAGUUGGAACAAUGAAUCUGUUUCUCUACUGGAUCAAUGAAGAUGGAGAAAAUGAACUGGCAACCCCACCUUUAGAUGGCAUCAUCCUUCCAGGAGUGACAAGGCAAAGCAUUUUGGAUCUGGCACGCAGUUGGGGAGAAUUCAAAGUGUCUGAGAGAUACAUCACCAUGAGUGAUCUGACAGCUGCCUUGGAAGAAGACAGAGUAAAGGAGAUGUUUGGUGCUGGAACAGCUUGCAUUGUAUGUCCUAUCUCUAAAAUUUUAUAUAAGGGCAAGCAUUUGCACAUUCCAACUAUGGAGAAUGGGCCUGAGUUAACAACUCGUUUCCUGAAUAAGCUGAGUGAUAUCCAGUAUGGAAGAGAAGACAGCGACUGGACGGUGCUGGUGUCAUGAAGGUGGACGAGUUCAGACCCUCCAGAUAGAACAGACACAAAUAAUGACAACUUCUGUAGCUGCCAGUGCGUAGCAUAGUUUAAGUAUCAAUUUGCUCCCCAGGAUGAUUGUUUCCACAAUCCGGCAAAUGUGAACACAAUCAUUUUGAUUUCUACUGUAAUCUCCUUGGUAGAAGCCUGUCUUCUUGGUAGAGGUGCUAAAUGUUAGCAAUAGAACUUUCCUAAUGGUUUCCUUAGUGCCUCCUUAUGUACAGUCUGAAAACUUGUAAAAUGCUCUUCAACUGCUCUUCAGUUUGGUUUGUUUAGCUGCCAUCACCAGCAGAACACGUCGUGUGACACGAGGACGUCGCCUGUUUGCUGCCUGCAGGGUUCUGUUGGCAUUAUCCUGCCUUUUGCUCUGUGUUUGGGAAACAAAUACGUUUAGCCACAUGCUCUUUCCUUUCAUACUCCGCUUGUAUGGGAGAUUCCUGAGUUUGCAUAGCCCUCUAGAUCCCCUCAUGCAUACUCUGUGGAAUAACUCUGUCCUUUGGGCCAAAACUCUCUAACUCAGUCUUAGCCUGCAAUAUUGUCCCUGCUGGCCUAUUGCCUUUCCCUCUGUGGGGAUAUGCAGUGGCUGCUCGGGCAGUGCAUACCUCUCUAAUAGUUGAAUACAUUCCUCCAGACAUGAUUUGAAGGGCAUGGUCAGGCCCUGCUGAGGCAAAAGUUCCCCUUUGUUAGGCCUAGUACGGAGCUGGGAAUUGUGGGCACAGUGUUGCCUUCCAGCCCAAUGUCUAGAAAAUAAGAUUAGACAACUGUGGCUGUGAAAAUUCAACCACUCUUCACAGCAACCCAGACUUUGGAUUAAGGAAUUUCUUUCAUCAUCCAAUCACAUAAUUUAGACCAGCAAAAUGUUUUUCUUGUCCCCUUCACCCCUCACUGUGAAAUGUAUCCAGUCUUCAUCGACAUAUGUGUACUAGAAGGGCCUUCCUAUUAAGGAACAAGCAAUGUUGUCAACAAGCAAAUGUCUAGCACAAGAAGGAAAGAGCUUUCAUUCAAAACCCUGGUGUCAUUCUGUUUAAGCACAUAAUUCCCCAUUUAACGCUGCUCUCUCACGUGCAGUCUUGAUACUUUGGAAGCAAUACAGAGCAUGUAGCCCCUAGUUAGGGAAAUAACUUCUGCAAAUGUUCACUAACAAUCAUUCUGUAAUAUUUAUUAGCUUUCUCCUUUUGCACACAGCUUUGUUGAACAGCUUUAAGAUCUCUCUUGCCAAAAAGGAUCACCAUGUUCUGUAUCAAUGUUCCAAAGUGCUACUUCAGUGUAAAACUGGUGGAACUUUAUUGACACUUUAUUGGAGUCCUAUAAGAAGCAAAAGUGAAAUGUUUCUUGUCCUAGUUUGCAGUAGAGAUGCACCAGUAUUAAGGGAAACAUUUAGCACUUUAUUUUUUUAAGACCCAACAGUAUCUCUCCCAUGAUUUGUAAGUCCGUUGUAGUUACUGGUAUUUGUUAACAUAGUUUAAAAAGGCAAAAUAUAAUUUAUAAUAGACCAUCCAUGCCUUAUGCAACUGUUAAAGAAUAGCCUUAUGGCUUUCCUGUUCAUUUUUGGUCUGGUUUUAAAGACAACCCUUUCUUAGCCAUUUCUUUCUUUCGCUCCCUCAAAUCAUGACUUUUCCUACCUUUCACUGUGGUCCGAUCUGAUCUUUUAAUGAAGAACAGUUGAAGGUUCUCUCUGACACUGUAAUCAUUGUUAAAAUUUGUUGAAUAGGUUUUUCUUUAGACAACAACUGCAAGCACAAAAUGGUGUUUCACUUACAGUAGCAAUAGUGAUGUGUGACUGUAUUUCUGACCAUUUGAAUCUGUACCGUGUGCUGGUCUUCGUUCAGUAUCUUACUGUGUACUACAAGCUGCUGGUAGUCUUUCCUUUUUUUUUAAUUACAUGACUGGAAAAAUUACAUGGGGAAUGUGUCAAGAUGCAACAUGGGGUAGGAAGAUUUAUCUGAUGAGACCAGUAUCGUAACUAAAGAGUGCCUUUAACUAGAGCGUGGCAUGGAGCUCUCUACAAGAAUAUGUAAUGAGAAACCACAUGUGGCUUCCUUUUAACUGAACUAUCUGAUCUGUCCCUUAUGUUCAUCUUAGAUUUAGCAGCAAAAGGAAAAGUGAAAAUAUCUAUCUUCAGUGGUUGUACAAUACUUUAACAUCUCAAGAUGAAGUUAGGGUUGGCAGAUACUGUAUAUCAAAAAUCCCCAUGAAGGCCUCAGUGUACCAGCAGUAAUCUAUUCAGUAGGCAGAAUGAAUAAGGACCAGAUAGAAGAAUUAUUUUACUGCAGUGUAAACCUGAAAGUUGUAUAAACCUCUUCUUAAACUCUUUGCAAAUAAUUUAAUGUGAAGAAGCCAGGCGGUUUCAUUUGGUGUGGUUUGCACUCUUUCCUGCACUGACCACAGAGACACCUUUCCAAAAUUAUGAGAAUUGAAACUGGAAUGACCCAUAGAAAUGCAUGGUCUUUUCUUGCAGGGAAGAAAAAAACAUGUAGUGUGUGUAUGUUAACUGUUGUCUUGAAGAUCUUGGUUAAUUGCUUUACUCUGGCUGUGUCAACUCAAAGUUGUGCUGAUUUCCAAAUGGCAUCCAGGGGAAUAGGUUCUAGAUUUUAAAAUGUAAAACCUAAAUAAGGGAGCUGGCAGCUCAGUACAGUACAGGAAAUUCUUCUGGUGUUGCAUGCUGUCCUACUCUGAAUUCUGCCACUGCUUUUUUAUCCCAUUAACCAAAGGAAAGAAAUAAUAUGUGUAAGUAAUAGAGAGUAUUUGGUAUUGCAUUCUCCCUGGUUUUGCUUGUAAAAUUUAGGAGGGAACUGUGGUAUUCCCUGGGCUAAUAAUAGAUUGUAAAAGAACAUCUGCACAUCUUUUCUCCAUGUGCCCUAUUUGUUUAAUUGCAACAGAUUUACAUAGAAAGAGUAUGGUACAUCAUAACUAGGCAAUUAUCCAUUCUUCAUCACUUAGUUAUGGUUCUGGUAAUUGAUCAUUUAAGACAUAAGAUAGUCUAACAUUAGGAGAAUUUGAGACUGUUCAAAAAAAGAUCAACAAAUUAAUAUUGUUGUGUGAUAUUUGCAUAAUUGGCUGCAAUUAUUUAAUGUUUAAUUGGGUUGAUCAAAUGAGAUUCAGUCUUUCACAUGCUUAUGUUUUACAAACACUGGUACUUUAAAAGGAUAAUAAUGAAUUCUAAUUUUCAUAUGUUCUUUCUUCUUCCCUUCAUUCUUUUGAUUAUUAUUUUCAGUAUUGAGCAUGUCCUUAAUUUUCAGUUUGGUGAGCAUGAUUCAUGCAUAAGAAAGAAGUCUGUCAAAUAAGAGAAUUUUCAGGAAACUGGCAUUUCAUACGAGCUGUUCUGGUGCCAAGAGUUAUGGCUUCAGCAACCUGCAUUACCUAACUAGAUUCUUAACUGCAAUGAGGGCAAAUUCACUGAGAAUUUACAGUGACAGACCCAGGUGGGAAUGUUAAUAAAGGUUCCUAUACUAGAUAAUCUGUUCAGUCCAUAGCAGUUCAAAGCAAACAUGGUUUUUCUGGGAUAUAGAAGGGAAGUCUGGGAAGACAAAAGCAAGGCAGUGAGAUGUCUCUGCUCAGCCAUUGUUUACACCUGUUCAACUAUCUCAAGCCAAAAAGCAGUUGUCCUCCACUUCUCCUCUUUGUGCAUAAACUCUUCUUUGGGUUUGCCAAAUUCAACGUAGAGAUACCAUACACUCUGUACACUUAUUUUAUACUUAUUUAUCCUCAGGCGUGAAGACUGUUAAUUUGGAAAAAUGUGAUUUUUGAAAUUAAUUUGGAAUGCAAGUUAUUUGAAAUGUCUGUCUAAUACAUGGUAUUCCAAGGAGUUAGACAGAAAAACAGCUGGGACUGAUUUCACAGCUACCUAAUUAGAGGAGGAACCCUCUUGAAUUCAAUGGCCUCUCCAGAACAAUCUGUAUAAUCUCAAGAGAUUUCAUAGUGUGAACUGUCUGUUGAUAGUGCCUUGCUAUGGAGUAGAAUAAAAGAGGUGGUAGCACAGCCUGCCAGACGUUGCCUGUGCAUGGGAUCCACCCCGUGGGUGGUGAGUUUUCAUGUUCUCAUGUCAGGCUCGUAUCCUGAGAGGUGGGCAGGUGUAAAUGACGGCUGAGCGUGUCCCGGGGUGGGCUCUUCCUCGCUGUCUUUCUCUCCCUUCCACGUGGAUUUGCAGCCCCUUUUCCCCAAUCUUCCGUCAUCAUGCCACUGAGUCUUAUACCUAAAAGUGACCAUCUGCAUUCUUUUUCUUUUAGCAAUCAUGGCAGUUAAAAAAAAAAGAAAAAAAAGGCAUUUUGUUCGUAUUCCAGGUGUUGAGGGAUCAGAAUUGUGCUUUACCACCCAUGUAAUGCCUGAAUAGACUGCUACUGACUUUGUGACCCUGGACAAGUUAUCUAACCUCUUUGUAAGUGUAGAGUAGUAGUACUACCAGUGAUUUUGCUUUUAACUCUAAUCCAAACUUUUGCAUAAAAAGUUAUUUUAUUACAGAUCAAAUAAGCUUUCCAGACAAAGCUUUUUAAGCAGUGAGAGAGAUGCCACAUAGGGUCCAGUAUUUCAAGGAUUACUUUAGAUUAGAACCAUUCUGAUCAUGGAGGAGAAAAAUGUUAUCUGAAAUAGAAACACAUUAAAGAUUUGCUGCAUGAACACAUAAAUGAGUAACAGGUGUAGUUACAAAGUAGCAUACAGAAACAUCCUGACAAGAGAAUUCACCUCAAACAGGGCUAUCCUAUUUAAAAAUGAUGCUUGAAGGAAGGAUUAUACCCCUCAGUGUAAAGUCAUUGGCAUGAGACUGUUUUAGAGGUGCACUUAGUCAAGUACCACUGACAGAGACCUCUUUGUCAGUCUUGACAACAGAUUUUCUGAACAGCAAUUUGGAAGUGUGGAAGAACUCUGUUUUACUGUAUUUUGUCACUAUCCUCAAGAUUUGGAAAAAAAAUUCACAGGUCCUAAAUCAUUUAAGCUAAGCAACUUCUUAAUAGGUAUUUUUAGCCAUAAGAGCAGAAGAGAAUACUGGCAUUGCAUUGGUGAAAAAUACUUUUGUAGCAGUCCUCCUGUCCAGGCCUUGCUUUGAGCAUGAUGCUUUGUAGGAAUUCCAGGAUAUUUUCCCUGACUGUGCAAAAUCUGAGUGCCAUCUACAGCACACUUGGCAAAUAUGUCCCCAGCUCCAUAAACAAAACCAGCUUGGUCGUUGCCUUGAGGUAGAACAGUCAGGUUACAUUAGGAUUUAGCAGCUGAGGAACAAUACUGAACUAGAACAGUCAAGCCUUAGAUUUGGAAUAAAGUUUUGGAAUUACUAGCUCAGAUAAAAUUCUCAUUAAUCACGCUAGCAAGGUUAACCACACCCCAAUAUACUAAAAAUAAUCUUAUUAUGUUCACUAGUAAUAACAGCAUGGCCAUAUUCUCAUCCCUCUUUCUGAACAUGAAUUUAUACUGUUUGCUUGUCUUGAAAGUUAAUUUAUUGUGUCUGAUUUUUACCACAAUCCUGAAUUUUCAUGCCAUGGUUUAAAAAAAGACUCUUAAAUUUCAUGUUCAUAGAAAGAUCUUAAGGAGGAUUUAAGACCUUGAUGUAGAAUUUUUAAGUCUUUAAAAUGCCUGCUGGGUAAUGUUAAGGUAGAAACAGAGAAGACAACUUUGUGGAAGCAUUUAACUCCAGUGUUCCAAGUGGUUUUCCAACACUGGUCACUUUUGGUUUUUACCAAAGAGGUACGCAGGGAACAAUAGGUAAAAUAAGUGUAUUGCUUGUUUUUCUAAGCAAGAGUUGGGAAAGUUUCUUAAGAGCCGGUUCUCUUAAUAACACUGACUCUUUAUAGUUUUUGAUUCUGUCAGGCUUAGAGCAGUCAUUUCAGGGUGAGAUGCAGGAGCUCAGAAGCUAUCUCAGGAGGUACUGUCGGGCAGAAACAGAAUUUCUUUCAUUUUAUGAUCAAAGUGAUCAAGAGAUGAACAUGGAAUCUUUGAAAUUUUGCACCUUUUUAUAAAAACUUUGCUUUUCAUUUUAGAAGUCUUAUACAGUGUGGCUGAACUAUUAUCUUACACUAUCAUAUCUCGGUACCUUAUAGGAAGAAAGCAAACAUUCUUAUUCUUUAUGUAAUCACCUUCUUUCUGUAUGUCAAAUUCCCUCUUCACUAUGGUUUGGUUGUCACUAGAAUCAUGACCACUCCAGGUGAAAUAACAGGUUUUUUUCUCUACUGCACCCUACCAGUGCACUCCUCUGGGGCUUUAGUGAAUAGUAAGUGCUUGCAGCAAAUGCCAGAGCAAAAGGUAAAGUGAAAAGUCUUCUGUUUCCAGAACAGGUGUGCCAGGAGUGAGAGGAAAAAUAGUCAGUGAACGCAGGAGGCCAGAAGAACAUCUUUACCAUUCUUGUUCAGUCCAGGAGACCACCCAGGUAUACCAAAAAUCUAGCAGGAUAGUAGAUGCUCUUACUCAGUUGCUUAAAUACCUACAUCUGUGCCUACAUUUUCAUAACUUGGGCCCUCGUAUCUCAACUGAAACCCGCAACACACUUUUAUAUGUAAUAAAACAGUAAAAUAUUAGGUCAAAACAAACACGUAAUGCUCCGGAUCAUCUAACAGGUCAGUGGCCUAUUCUCUUCCCAUAAUUUGUAUUAAUUUUCUAAGUAAUUGUUGACUAGAACUGAAAGUAGGAGACAAAUGCAUCGUUAACACUAUUUCAUAGUCGAGGACCUUGACAAAGAGCAGAUCUAUUCCCUCUGUCUCCAGGGAGAGGGCUUGGCCACUAAGUAGAGAGUGACAGAAUGGAAACAGUUCUUUGCCAUAAUGGAGACCAGUAAGAGUUUUUUUCUGAAGCUAUUUGCAAACAAUUUCUGUCGAGGCAGAAAUUUGGAAAGACAGAUGUCCUGAUCUACUUGACCUUUGAGGCAUUUAGAAGGGUGCAGUAGUAGUUAUCUGAAACUGUAGCAUAUAAGCAGUGGGAAAUUAGCAACUUAGAGAGGGAGAAGUAAACACCUCUGAAGGGUCUCUGUUUCCUCCAAUUUUAAAAGUUAACUGGGUAUUUUACAAGGAUCUGAAGCAUAUAAAAGCAGUAAAGGACAGAUGUGUGAAAAAAUACUGGAUAAACUAAAGGAAACUCUACCUCAUUCUUCUCUAAAGGUUUUGUAGAAGCACAAUUAAGCGCUCCUAAUGGCAUUGUUACGUACCGACCAUCUGGCAUGAGAGAAGCACUAUAUUUGUAUGUCUAUAAAUCCUGUAAUAACUGUAUUUUGCUGGCAGUAGAAUCAGUCUAUACUAUUUGCAGUUUUCCUCAUCAAAUCUGUAAUUAUGCAAUGUUUCUGUCUCCAAUAAAGGAAUAUAAUGGGCA